AUGGGUGAGCUGUUCGAAGUCGGAGAACAAGAUGGUGGUGCAGAAGAGGCCGGCAGUGAAGAGCAAGAGACGGAGUUAGAAGAUGAAGAGACGAAGACAGAGGAAGCCGGUCGCGUCAGAACCGGGCCUAUCGUCUACAACGGAUUCUACCAUGCGCGAUAUCACGACUCCGCAAGAUCAACAAACUAUCGGUGCAGCUCCCACAAGCGGACCAAGUGCAAGGCCAAGGUGUACCAUCGCGCUGACGGGACCAUAAUUCAGAGAGGAGAGCACAAGCCCGGCUGCAAUCGCGAAAUUACGAGGGACAUUCCAAGCGAACGACCUCCGUCAGCACCUGUUCUCACUGCCGACAUUCUGGAGGCGAUCGACGAACUUACGCUUGAGCAGCCAACGCUCAGUCCACAGGAAGUGUGGGACCACAUCCGCAAAGAGUUCUUCCAAAGCCCGGGCAGGAUUACAAGCGGUUUAUCCAAAAACCAGGUAACAGGCCGGUUCUACCGAACGAAGUUGAAAAGCUUCGGCAAUGAUGUGUUUGUCCAAAUCAAGAUGGACCCACUGUGCAGCGUGCGAGAAAACCCCAGUCUGAAGUUCUUCCAGUAUCAAGGCUCCUACUACGAGGGCGAGGCCCUGCACCACUUCAUUUUGUGGGGGAACCCUGCUUUGUUGGACCGAUUGAGGGCUCGGCAAACUUCGCUUUUCGUUGACGGGACAUUCCGCUGUGUGCCCGCAAACGUUUACCAGCUGGUAGUCGUGAUGGUGUACGACACACUCUCGAAUCUGUACAUUCCAAGCUGCUACGCGCUGACUACGGGGGAAACCACCAAGGUGUACGACUACGUCUUGUAUCACACCAACGCCUGUUGUGACUUUGCAAUGGACCCUGCAUUCAUCACGUGCGACUUUGAACAAGCUCUGAUGAACGCUGUCAAACAUCAGUUUCCCCGGGCCAAACUCAUCGGCUGUCUUUUUCACUUCAAGCAAGCUCUGCGCCGAAAGAUGCUCAAGCUCGGAAUCGCUGAACGCGAAUGCUCAAUUCGGGGGGAAUGCCAAGACCAAGGCAUCGCGUACUCAACUGAAGCUUGGGCCAAGUUCUGGAAAUAUUUCGUCCGCACCUGGAUUAAAAAGUACAAGCCCGAAGACUGGAACGUGUACGGUGUGCAAGAGGACAUCGUGAAUCGGACUAAUAAUCCGUUGGAACGCUCUAAUCGAACAUUGAACCGCGCUAUGGGGGAUCCCCACCCGGACAUCGGCAAAUUUAUCGUUGUAUUGGAGGCAGAGGCUCAACGGUACGUCGACGCGUUGUCGGAUGUGGCCAACCGUAGGGUGCGCACACCUCGUCGAGUCCGGCCCAGACUUACUUCUAGCGCAGUGGAGACGGCCGAAGACAGUCCAAGCGAAGUUGGUGACUCGGUUUCUGAGGCGUCGAUGUCCUCGGAGUACUAA